GAGUAGUAGAAGAAAACAAAGGCAGCAGUGUGUGUGAAGUGUGAACUCUCUGAAGUGUUACUUAGCUCAGCUCUACAGCGAAAAAAAUGGCGUUAGUUUCUUUCAACUUCUCCGUUCCAUCGGAUACGAUUUCUAUCUCCUCCGCGUUCUCCCCCUCUUCCUCCGUCCUUCGCCGCCGUCAAUGUGUUCGUUAUCCUCGCACUUCCUUCCCUUCUCCGCUUCAGUUUCCGCUCAAAAUCUCAUGCGCUGCUGCUUCCGCCGUUUCUACUGAUUCUUCUCCUCUCGCCGCAAAAACCGAGGUGAAGAAAGAUUUUCUUCACAUAAAUGACUUUGAUAAGGACACUAUUUUAAAUAUGUUGGAUCGAGCCAUUGAGGUCAAGGCAUUAAUUAAAUCAGGGGACAGGACAUUUCAACCAUUUAAAGGGAAGACAUUGGCAAUGAUCUUUGCAAAGCCAUCAAUGAGAACGCGUGUUUCAUUUGAGACUGGCUUUUCAUUGUUAGGUGGCCAUGCUAUAUAUUUAGGACCUGAUGAUAUCCAAAUGGGCAAGCGAGAGGAGACUCGAGAUGUUGCUCGUGUUUUGUCUCACUAUAAUGAUAUAAUCAUGGCUCGUGUUUUUGCUCAUCAGGACAUACUUGAUCUUGCCAAGUAUUCAACUGUGCCAGUUGUCAAUGGAUUGACAGACUACAACCAUCCCUGUCAAAUAAUGGCUGAUGCCCUCACUAUUAUUGAGCAUAUUGGUCGGUUGGAAGGCACCAAGGUUGUCUACGUUGGAGAUGGAAAUAAUAUUGUCCAUUCAUGGUUGUUGCUGGCAGCUGUAGUUCCAUUUCACUUUGUUUGUGCCUGCCCAAAGGGUUUUGAACCUGAUGAGAAAACUGUGGACAAGGCACGGCAGGCUGGAAUCAGCAAAAUUGAGAUAACUAAUGAUCCCAAAGAAGCUGUCAGAGGAGCUGAUGUUGUUUAUUCAGAUGUCUGGGCCAGCAUGGGACAAAAGGAAGAGGCUGCAUACCGCCGUCAAGUGUUUAAAGGAUUUCAGGUGGAUCGAACUCUUAUGGAAAUAGCUGGCUCAAAUGCGUAUUUCAUGCAUUGCUUACCAGCAGAAAGAGGGGUGGAGGUGACGGAUGAAGUUAUUGAAGCUCCAAACUCAAUUGUGUUCCCGCAAGCUGAGAACCGAUUACACGCACAGAAUGCCAUAAUGCUCUAUGUGCUUGGCAAGUAAACUCACUCAUCUGAUCUUGGUAUAGUAUAAUACUCGAGUGUUUAGGGAAUUAGCAAUUUGAGCUGGGUGAUUUUAUGUUGUAGCCGCUUGUGCUUCCGUUUGUUGUUAUCAGCCACCGGAUUGCCAUUUGAUGUCACUUGAUCAGUUUUGAGUUUUGAAAAUUGGAAUGGACCAGGUGGCGUACUGUUUUUAAGUCAUUUUGUAUCGUUGAGGGCAAAGAUAUACCCCGAAAUUCAGCCGUCGACUAAAUAUUUGAGGUAAUAUUAAUGUUUAUCUGUUGUA